AUGCCAGCCCCAACCCUCAAACAGCUGGCGACAGCGACAGCGAUCAAGCAUGUUAAGAUGCUGGACGAUAUCGGCAGCCUACCCUAUGCCCUUGCUCGUCCCAUGCUGCUUAAAGUCGACAACCCCGAGAAGCUGCACUCAAUGGAACUCCUCUCCCCACACCUCGCCGAAGAAGACCAAGAAAUAUGGCUCGAGUUCAUAAAACGCGACAUCCCCCAAUGGGAUACCUACGAUAUCCCACGACACACCAACCAGUGGUACGACAUCUACUGCGACCUCCGCGAAGAAGUCCAACGCUCCCUCGACGCCGAUGCCGAGAAACUCAAGAUGGCCAUCGACGGCAUCCAAUCCCAAAAGGCCCGUCUCACGCCCAAAAUCAUCGCCGGACCCCGAGGCAAACACAGACCAAGCAUGAGACAAAUCUACGCCUCCAAAGAUCGCAAAAUGGGAGGUAUCCCCCCACCCUUCAAUAAAUCCAGCAACACCUCCUCAGCCUCAGCCUCGGUCUCAGACUCGUCCUCGAGCUUCACCUUCGGCGGCUCCUCCCGUGUCUCCGGCUUCGGCUCCGCGGGUUCCAAACCACCCAAAAAAUCCAUUUUCGCGCCCCAGCGCAGAAAUAAUGCCCUCGCAAUCCCGACAAAACACCUCAGCACCCGCGCCUCCCGCGUGAAGCAGGCUCCACGAUCCCUGAUCGAAGAGCAUCGACGGCCUAUGGACCCACCCGCGUCAGCAUCAGCAUCAGCCUCAUCCUCAGCAUCGCGACAUGACAGAAAUGCAGGCGUUCUAACCCAAUCAAACGGACGAAUAAGGCAGGGCAGCAAACCCGUUCCAUCCAAUCCCGCCUUCGGUCCCAAAAGUGCCGCGUUAGCGGAACGAGAGGCCCGUUUGCAAGCUAUCGCUUCAGGCAAACCUCUCCCCUCCCAUGGCAAUGCCGAUUCAAAGAAACCCGCUUCAUCGGGAGAUAGUCCUUCAACGCCGGCUAAGCGGCCGAUUCUUAAACGUCGCGCUGUUUCUCCGCCGUCACCCGUGGCUGCGACUUCCCAGGCCUCGCCGCCACCGCCGCCGGCGCCUCGUCCGGCUGUUAUACGGAAACGUCCGGAUAAUGUUUUUAUUCAGCCGAAGCGGAAACGUGUUGGGUGA